AUGGAUGAAUAUAUAGUCAUAAGGUAUCAUCAUGGGGGUGUGUUAAUCAGAGAUGAUGAAGGGGUCCUAACCUAUGCAAAUGGCAAAGUAGUUGAUUUACCUGAGAUAGAUGCUGACUUUGUCAACCUGCGUGACCUUGAUACUCUGUUCAAGGGUUAUGGGUAUGAGACUUGUAAGCAGAUGUUGUGGCUCAUGCCAAACGCAAUGGAUUUAGACGUAGGUUUAAGGCCUCUGAGUACGGCCUCUGAUAUUGUGGAGAUGGUUAAGGCUGCAUUAAGUAAUGGAAACUUCAUAGAAAUAUAUUUUGAAGAUUGCAUUGCAACCCCUGAUAUUAUUGCACCUGCACCUGUGGAAGGCAGUGAUAGGGAUGAGGAUAAUCAGCGCGAGUCAUUUGGAAGUGGAUCUGAUCACAUUUCCUCAGGUGAUAAAGAUGAUAGUGGAAAUGGUGAUGAGUUUUCUACUGACUCAGAUGAUAGUGUGGAGGAUGAGCCAUAUAAACCUCCUCCACCAGGGUAUGAAGAUGAAACAGAGAGUGAAAAGGAGUUAGAGUGUAUAGGGGAAGAUACAAUAGAAGAGGAGGAGAAGCAAAUAUCUUUCAAGGAGGAUGGGUAUGGGUAUAACUCUGAAGAGUUGAACACUCCUCCUUCAAGUGGUGCUGAGGAGGCUGAAAGGGUUGGCAAUCCAAAGUUUAAUGUGGAUGAGGUGUUUGGUCAUGUACACUUAGAGCUGGGGAUGAAGUUUGUGAGUUUGCAACACUUUAAAAAUGCUAUCAAAGACUACAAUAUUAGUCUAGGAAGACAAUUCAAAUAUUUCAGAAACAAGAAAGAAAGUAGGGAUUGGGUUGCAAAUAAGUUAGAAAAAAGGCUAAUGACACAGUCGAACAUGACAAGGGCUGAGGCCUAUGAACAUAUGAAAGAGGAGUACAAGGUCCAUGUCCAUUUGAAAAAAGUGACCAAGGCACUUCAUAAAGCCAAGGCCAGAAUUGAAGGGUGUGAAAAAGAGCAAUAUGCAAAAUUGAGAGACUACUUAGGAGAGCUUUUGAGAAGCAAUCCAGGCUCUACUUGUCAAAUGCAAGGACCAAUAAGGGCCCCGUGCUUUUUGCCAGGGACCAAUAAGGUCCUCGAACAAUUUGUCAGGGACCAAAAUGGCCCUCGUGUUUUGGCAUGA